AAGCUGACAAUGUCUGAAACAUCCACCACUCCCUUCGGAGGCAGGAGAUCUGUCCCACUCAACAACUCCAAUGCUUUGGAAGCUGACCUCCCCACUAAGGAGCUGCAGGGCCUGGUGCCCCGAGGUGUCAGCCUACAAGACUAUCUGAAUGUCACAAAUGUUUACCUGUUCAAUGAGAGAUGGGAUACCAACAAGGUGGACCACCAUACUGACAAGUAUGACAAUAAUAAGUUGAUUGUACGCCGAGGACAGUCUUUCUACAUCCAGAUUGACUUCAAUCGUCCAUAUAAUCCACAAAGGGAUUUCUUCAGGGUGGAGUAUGUCAUUGGUCGCUAUCCUCAGGAAAGCAAGGGUACCUACAUCCCCGUUCCUGUGGUUCCAGAGCACCAAAGGGGAAAGUGGGGUGCCAAAAUUAUCAUGAGAGAGGAUAGGUCCAUCCGGCUUUCUGUCCAGUCAUCCCCAGAAUGCAUAGUGGGGAAGUUCCGUAUGUAUGUUGCAAUCUGGACCCCCUACGGCAUACUCCGCACCAUCCGAAACCCAGAAACCGACACUUACAUCCUCUUCAAUCCUUGGUGUGAAGAGGAUGCUGUGUAUUUGGAUGAUGAGAAAGAACGAGAAGAGUAUGUCUUGAAUGAUAUCGGGGUUAUUUUCCAUGGAGACUACAAGGACAUCAAGACUAGAAGCUGGAGCUAUGGUCAGUUUGAAGAAGGCAUACUUGAUGCAUGCCUGUAUGUGAUGGACAAAGCCCAAAUGGACCUCUCUGGCAGAGGGAAUCCCAUCAAAGUCAGUCGAGUUGGAUCUGCCAUGGUUAAUGCCAAAGAUGAUGAAGGUGUCAUCGUUGGAUCCUGGGACAAUAUCUAUGCGUAUGGUGUUCCCCCAUCAGCCUGGACUGGAAGUGUUGACAUCUUAUUGGAAUACCAGAGUUCCCAGAAUCCAGUCCGGUAUGGCCAAUGUUGGGUUUUUGCUGGUGUAUUUAACACGUUUUUGCGAUGCCUUGGGAUACCUGCAAGAGUCAUUACCAAUUAUUUCUCAGCCCAUGAUAACAAUGCCAAUUUGCAAAUGGAUGUCUUCCUGGAAGAAGAUGGGAAUGUGAACUCCAAGCUCACCAAGGAUUCAGUGUGGAACUACCACUGCUGGAAUGAAGCCUGGAUGACGAGACCUGACCUACCUGUUGGGUUUGGCGGUUGGCAAGCUGUGGACAGUACCCCCCAGGAAAACAGUGAUGGGAUGUACCGUUGUGGGCCAGCCUCUGUGCAAGCCAUCAAGCACGGCCAUGUCUGCUUCCAGUUUGAUGCACCCUUUGUGUUUGCAGAGGUCAACAGUGAUCUUGUUUACAUCGCAGUUCAAAAAGACGGCACUCAUGUGGUAAAAGCUGUGGAUUCCACCCACACUGGGAAGUUAAUUGUGACCAAAGAAGUUGGAAGAGAUGGCAUGCAAGAUAUUACUGAUACCUAUAAAUUCCAAGAAGGUCAAGAAGAAGAGAGACUAGCCCUGGAAACUGCCCUGAUGUAUGGAGCUAAAAAGCCCCUCAACACAGAAGAUGUCCUCAAAUUACGGUCUGAUGUUGACAUGGAUUUUGAAGUGGAAAAUGCUGUGCUGGGCAAAGACUUCAAAGUUACCAUCACUUUCCAGAACAACAGCUCCAAUCGUUACACCAUCUCAGCUUAUCUCUCAGGCAACAUCACCUUCUACACUGGAGUUUCCAAGGCUGAAUUUAAGAAGGAAACAUUUGAUGUGACCCUGGAGCCCUUAUCCUUCAAGAAGGAAGAGGUGCUGGUCAGAGCUGGCGAGUAUAUGGGCCAGCUGCUGGAACAGGCAUCCCUGCAUUUCUUCGUCACAGCCCGUGUUGACCAAACCAGAGAUGUUCUGGCUAAACAGAAGUCUACUGUGCUCAGGAUCCCUAAGGUCACCAUCAAGGUCCGUGGUGCUAAAGUAGUUGGUUCUGACAUGGUUGUAACAGUCGAGUUCACCAAUCCUUUAAAAGAAACUCUUCGAAAUGUCUGGAUAUACCUGGAUGGUCCUGGACUAAUGAGACCAAAGAGAAAGAUGUUCAGUGAAAUCCAGCCCAACACCACUGUGCAGUGGGAAGAAGUGUGCCGGCCGUGGGUCUCUGGCCCUAGGAAGCUGAUGGCAAGCAUGACCAGUGACACCCUGAGACACGUGUAUGGAGAGCUGGAUGUGGAGAUUCAGAGACGACCUUCUGUAUAA